AUGUCGGGCAUUUUCCUCGUUUCUGUGAUCUACACCUACACCAUAAAUAAACUCAGCGGGGAAGCAGCAGAGCAACGCAUAGAAAGGCAGAACAUGAAGCCCAGAACAGAGUACUUCGCGCGCGCGAAGCGCAUAAUGGCCGCGCAGAAGGCGGAUCUCGAGCGGCAGAAGGAGCAGAAGCGCCUCUUCGAGACGAGGACGUCGUUCCGCUUCCUCGACCUCCCGCCGGAACUUGCGUUGCUCGUCCUGGCACAGUGCGCCGACUGGCCUGAGACGUACCAGUCGCUCGUGAGGACGUCGCGGUACUGCCAGCGAUUGACGUUCCACGCGUGUCUGCCGCGCACGCCGAUAAGGCUUAUCACACCCGAGCAGGUGGGCUCGUUCGACACGUUUCUCCACGCGCGUCCGAAGCUGGCGCCGCUGAUUCAGCAUAUGUGGAUGACACCGCUGCAGGAGGAGCUGCUGGGGACCUCGAUUGCGAUUGUGAAGAAGUGCAAGCACCUAAAGUCGCUUGCGUCCAAUGCGUAUAUUGUGCAGGAGGCUAUCUCGCUGAGCCCUUCUGGACGAAUCAGCCAUCGUGAUUGUCGUGACUUGACUUUGCUAUCGACAAGGACAGAGAGUUGGAUUAGUCUACUGAACACGCCAAAUGGGUCGGCGUUCUUUCGCCGGUUGACCCAUCUCCGUCUCAUUGGAGAUAGGAUCCCUCAGAAAUUGCCUCUUGACUCUCUCACGCACCUUUCGUACGGGAGUAGUGGAAGUGAUAUGUCACAGGGUGACCCUGCUAUUGGGCUUAGGAUGCUCGAGGAGAGAGGGAUGUACCCCGUUCUACACACCGUCAUUCUUACAAAGCCGAGAGCGAGUGCUGGUGGACUCAGGAUAUCAAGGGCGGUGGCAAAGAAGAGGGUGUUCAUCUUUGAGUUGCCUAUGAAACGCACAGAGUUGGAGAUAUGGUGUGAUAAUGCGAGCAAUAGAGGAAUGUGGGAGCUGUGUGCAGAUAACACUAGUGGUGGUAAUGGGCCAAAGGUGCGCGGUAAAGUGCGAUUCACCAAAGACUCAUAA